GGAUUGUCUGGCUCGACAGCGGGCAUCGGGUCAUCAGGUAUGACAGCGGACACUAGGUCACCAGGCAUCAGGUCAUUUGGCUUGCCAGCGGGCACCGCGUCAUCUGGCAAGGCAGUGGGGCACCAAGUCACCAGGUACGACAGCGGGCUCUGAGUCAAUUGGCACGACAGCGGGCACCGGAUCAGGUACCGGAUCAUCUGGAUCAACAGCGGGGCAUCGAGUCAACUGGCCUAAUAGGAUCGUCAGGCUGGAUCAGUUCAUCAUGCUGGGUAGAGGCAUUAGGCCGAGUAGAGGCUUCAGGCCGAGUAGAGGCAUCAGGCCGAGUAGAGGCUUCAGGCCGAGUAGAGGCUUCAGGCCGAGUAGAGGCAUCAGGCCGAGUAGAGGCAUCAGGCCGAGUAGAGGCUUUAGGCUGAAGAGAGGCAUCAGGCCGAGUACAGGCAUCAGGCCGAGUACAGGCAUCAGGCCGCAGGCAUCAGGCUGCGUACAGGCAUCAGUCUGAACCACGGGAA